GGAGCCCUCAGCUGAGGGAGCGCUCUGAAAUAAUACACCAUUGCAGCCGGGGAAAGCAGAGCGGCGCAAAAGAGCUCUCGCCGGGUCCGCCUGCUCCCUCUCCGCUUCGCCCCUCUUCUCUCCUCUCCUCUCUCCCCUCUUCUACUCUCUUCUCUUCUCUCCUCUCCUAUUCUCCUCUCUCCUCCUCUCGCCUCUUCUCUUCCCCUCUCUCCUCUCUUCUUGUCUUCCCUCCUCUCCUCCUCUCCUCUCCCUGCCCACCCUCUCCUCUCUCUCCCCUCCUUCUCCCCGUCGGCCCGCUCGCGCGCUCCCGCACGGACUCACCGUCCCUUGUCCAAUUAUCAUAUUCAUCACCCGCAAGAUCUCACCGUGCGUGUGCGCGCGCGUGUUUUCCUCUCUCCGCCUGCAAAAAAGGCUCGGUCCCGCUGCUCUCUGCACCGAGGUCCCAGGAUUCUUGAGCUGUGCCCAGCUGACGAGCUUUUGAAGAUGGCACAAUAACUGUCCAGUGAUGCCUGACCAUGACAGCACAGCCCUCUUAAGCCGGCAAACCAAGAGGAGAAGAGUUGACAUUGGAGUGAAAAGGACGGUAGGGACAGCAUCUGCAUUUUUUGCUAAGGCAAGAGCAACGUUUUUUAGUGCCAUGAAUCCCCAAGGUUCCGAGCAGGAUGUUGAGUAUUCAGUGGUGCAGCAUGCAGAUGGGGAAAAGUCAAAUGUACUCCGCAAGCUGCUGAAGAGGGCGAACUCAUAUGAAGAUGCCAUGAUGCCUUUUCCAGGAGCAACCAUAAUUUCCCAGCUGUUGAAAAAUAACAUGAACAAAAAUGGUGGCACGGAGCCCAGUUUCCAAGCCAGCGGUCUCUCUAGUACAGGCUCCGAAGUACAUCAGGAGGAUAUAUGCAGCAACUCUUCAAGAGACAGCCCCCCAGAGUGUCUUUCCCCUUUUGGCAGGCCUACUAUGAGCCAGUUUGAUAUGGAUCGCUUAUGUGAUGAGCACCUGAGAGCAAAGCGCGCCCGGGUUGAGAAUAUAAUCCGGGGUAUGAGCCAUUCCCCCAGUGUGGCAUUACGGGGCAAUGACAAUGAAAGAGAUAUGGCCCCGCAGUCUGUGAGUCCCCGAGAAAGUUACCGAGAAAACAAACGCAAGCAGAAGCUGCCCCAGCAGCAGCAACAGAGUUUCCAGCAGCUGGUUUCAGCCCGCAAAGAACAGAAGCGAGAGGAGCGCCGACAGCUGAAACAGCAGCUGGAAGACAUGCAGAAACAGCUGCGCCAGCUGCAGGAAAAGUUCUACCAGAUCUAUGACAGCACUGAUUCUGAAAAUGAUGAAGAUGGUAACCUGUCUGAAGACAGCAUGCGCUCGGAGAUCCUGGAUGCCAGGGCCCAGGACUCCGUGGGGAGGUCAGACAAUGAGAUGUGCGAGCUGGACCCGGGGCAGUUCAUCGACCGAGCCCGGGCCCUGAUCCGGGAGCAGGAAAUGGCCGAAAACAAGCCGAAGCGAGAAGGCAACAACAAAGAAAGAGACCACGGGCCAAACUCCUUACAACCCGAAGGCAAACAUUUGGCCGAGACCUUGAAACAGGAACUGAACACUGCCAUGUCGCAAGUUGUGGACACUGUGGUCAAAGUCUUCUCGGCCAAACCCUCUCGCCAGGUUCCUCAGGUCUUCCCGCCGCUCCAGAUCCCCCAGGCCAGAUUUGCAGUCAACGGGGAGAACCACAAUUUCCACACCGCCAACCAGCGCCUGCAGUGCUUUGGCGACGUCAUCAUUCCGAACCCCCUGGACACCUUUGGCAAUGUGCAGAUGCCCAGUUCCACAGACCAGACAGAAGCACUGCCCCUGGUGGUCCGCAAAAACUCAUCUGACCAGUCUGCCUCCGGCCCCCCUGCUGGCGGUCACCACCAGCCCCUGCACCAGUCACCUCUGUCGGCCACCGCAGGCUUUACCACGUCCACCUUCCGCCACCCCUUUCCCCUCCCCUUGAUGGCCUACCCGUUUCAGAGUCCAUUAGGUGCUCCCUCCGGCUCCUUCUCGGGAAAAGACAGAGCCUCUCCUGAAUCCUUAGACUUAACUAGGGAGACCACGAGUCUGAGGACCAAGAUGUCAUCCCACCACCUGAGCCACCAUCCUUGUUCACCAGCACAUCCACCCAGCACCGCAGAAGGGCUCUCCUUGUCUCUCAUCAAAUCCGAGUGUGGCGAUCUUCAAGACAUGUCCGAAAUCUCACCUUAUUCGGGAAGUGCAAUGCAGGAAGGAUUGUCACCCAAUCACUUGAAAAAAGCAAAGCUCAUGUUCUUUUACACCCGUUAUCCCAGCUCCAACAUGCUGAAAACCUACUUCUCUGAUGUAAAGUUCAACAGAUGCAUUACCUCUCAGCUCAUCAAGUGGUUUAGCAAUUUCCGUGAGUUUUACUACAUUCAGAUGGAGAAGUAUGCGCGUCAAGCCAUCAACGAUGGGGUCACCAGUACCGAAGAGCUGUCUAUAACCAGAGACUGUGAGCUGUACAGGGCUCUGAACAUGCACUACAAUAAAGCAAAUGACUUUGAGCAGGUUCCAGAGAGAUUCCUGGAAGUUGCGCAGAUCACAUUACGGGAGUUUUUCAAUGCCAUUAUCGCAGGCAAAGAUGUUGAUCCUUCCUGGAAGAAGGCUAUAUACAAGGUCAUCUGCAAGCUGGAUAGUGAAGUCCCUGAGAUUUUCAAAUCCCCAAACUGCCUACAAGAGCUGCUUCAUGAGUAGAAAUUUCAACAACUCUUUUCGAAUGUAUGAAUAGUAGCAGUCCCCUUUGGAUGUCCAAGUUAUCCGUGUCUAGAUUUUGAUUUCAUAUAUAUGUGUAUGGGAGGCCUGGAUGUGUUACAAAAUCAGCUGGUAAUUCCUCCUCAUCAUCUUUCUCUCAUUUUCUUCUGUUUUGCAUUGCAAGGGGAUGGUUCUUUUCCUUCCGCCUUUAGUUUACUUUUGCCCAAGGCCCUUAACAUUUGGAGACUUAAAAUAGGGUUAAUUUUCAGGGAAAAAGAAUGUUGACGUGUGUAAAGUCUAUAUUAGCAAGGAAGGGCAUUUUUAAAAGAUGCUUCUGCUGGAUUGAUGGUUUAUUGCGCAUGGCAGUUGGCGGAGGGAGACCCGUGACACAACGCUACUCUGUAGUUAGUGAUGUGUCUCUUGUUUUUACUGCUGAGAAGGUCGGAAAGCUCAAUGAAACCACUUGAUAAACUUAAAUAUUUUGUUUGGUUUGAACUCAGUAAGUCGCUUUUUAUCACACAUUUAAAAAUAAUGCCGGUGGCAGAUGAACAACUCACUUUUCAAAAGUACCCCAAAAGGCCAAAUUUUAAAAAGAAACAUAAUCACUAACCGUCAAGUCUUUCCUAAGAGAAAUGGCAAACACCACAAGCUAGUACCAUUUUCUUUGGAGGCAAAGCAGUUUUGUACAAAACUGACUCUUUCAAAAUGAGACUGGAAAUUCAUGUGAUUUCUAGUCACCUCUCGAAACUUCGCAAUAGGUUCUUCUUGGUAAUAAGUGAGUAUCUAUCGUUCUUCAUACAGAAAAACCCCUAUAACGUGUUAUCAUUUUCUAUUUAUCUUGCUUCAGAUACUAAAAGGCACAUAAGUUUCAAAUUUAUUCUUUGCUCAACUUUGUUUAUGUGGUUUAAAAGAAUUAUCAUUUCUGUUUAAUAUUUAACACUUUUUUUUCCAAAAAACACUAUUUUCUGAAUUCCUUUCUAUGGGAAGGAAUAAAGGACAUCCCAACUUGACCAUAAAAUUCCUGCCUACACUAGAAGUUUGUUAACAGCUGCUAGCUGACGCGAUCUUCCCCUCCUGAGAGGAGUACAUAUGAGAAUGACCUAUUUUCCUAUACAUUUCCACUCUACCCUGAUGGAUAUUCAAAGUGGUGACAGUCUAAUUUUUAAGUGUUUCUUCAUUUUAGGUACAGCGUUUUAAAGAAAUUGAUACAGUCUCUUCUAAUUCAGAAGCUAGUAAUUGACCAAAACGUGAAGAGUGUAUAGAAUAGGAGAGUUUGGGAGUUAACCCAAAAGACACAAUUUCAACACACAUAAGAAAGCUAGCUGCUAUUUCAUGCUUUCUUCAAUGGUUCUCCUCUUUUUUCUUUUUCUUUAUUUUUUUUUUCCAGUUUUUCAAAGGUGUACAAAGUCCCAUACUUGCUUUUAAAAAGCCGUAUGGCAUUCACACUUGUUUUCUUAGAUGGGUUUUGU